AUGAAGUACUCUGCCGCCAUCAUCAGCCUCGCCGCCCUCGUCCCCGUCUGCGUAAGCGCCAACCUCAUGAUCAAUACUGUAAACGAUAUCGUGGAAUGCGAACCGACCUCGUUCAGCUGGAACGGUGGAACGCCGCCUUACUUCCUCUCGUUGGUGCCCGGGACCAACACGGGUGCGGCUGCCCUGAAGAACUUCGGCCAACAGGACGGGACAAGCCACACCUGGGUUGUCGAUUUAUCUGCUGGAACGCAAUUCACGUCCGUCCUGAAGGACAACACUGGUACGACCGUAUACUCCGACGUGCAGACUGUUGAGCCAGGCACCAACAACAGCUGUGUGAGUACCUCCGUGAACGAAGGCGGCUCAAAUAGUAGCUCGGGAUCGUCGGCAAUGUCAUCCGGCGAAGCAUCUGCUAACUCGUCGACUACUUCGUCCGGUACAUCGUCGGGAAGAACUUCUACGUCAAUGACUAGCUCGUCCGCCGGAAGCAGCGCAAGCGCGAGCGUCACUCACACCGCAGGCAGUAGCUCGUCUUCGUCCUCAUCCUCGAGCAGCAGCGGCGCCGGCCAUUCGACCUCCAUUGGCUCAUUUGCUGCGGUCGUGUUGUUGGGUCUGGUGGGGGUUGCCCUCUUCUGA